CGGUGAGAGUAGAGUCCUACUUAAAUGCAGCUGCAGCAGUGUGAAGGGAUACCCACCCGCUUCACUCACGGUGUGAGUUUAUGCUGGUAACCAUGAUAUCCAGCCUGGCCUUCCUUCUUUUCUGUGGAAAUAUUGCACUAACCCUGGGAAAUGCACAGACAUUGCCAAAAGGUAAAACGCAAACUCUCCGAGUCCACAUCAAUACUACGAGUGACUCUAUUCUGAUGAAAUUUCUUCGACCAAGUCCGAAUACAAAACUGGAAGGCUUCGUCUUGGGAUAUGGCAGCAGCUCGUACCCCAACCAGUACAUUCCACUGCCGGCGGAAGGCAAAUCCUCCGAAGCUGAAGUCGAAGCGGAACCUAAAUAUCUGAUAGUGGUGCGGCCAGCUCCUACUUCCAGUCGGAGGAAGACAUGCUCAGGUAAAUCUCGUCACCGGAAACCUCUUCAGUUGGUAGUGGGCACUCUGUCUCCAAGCUCAGUGUUCCUGUCCUGGGGUUUCCUCAUCAACCCACAACAUGACUGGACUCUGACCAGCCACUGCCCUAAUGACAGAUUUUAUAUAGUCCGCUACAGAGAAAAGGAUAAAGAGAAGAAAUGGAUCUUCCAGCUCUGCCCAGCCACGGAGACAGUAGUAGAAAAUCUGAAGCCCAACACGAUAUAUGAGUUUGGAGUGAAAGACAACAUGGAAGGGGGAAUCUGGAGCAAGAUUUUCAAUCACAAGACUGUUUUAGGAACAAAAAGCAAAGGAAAUGGGAAAAUCCAAAGUACCUUCAGCCAAAUCCAUACAGCGCCACCCUAUAUUGCAAAGAAGCUAAUUCCCAUUACAGUAAUCAAACAAGUGAUACAGAAUGUCACACACCGCGCCUCUUCAAAAUCUCCGGACCGGACUUCCCUAGGAGGAGCCAUUUUAGUUCACCUUAUUGUUCCAGGCCUCAAUGAAACAAAUCUGAAACUCCCUUCAUCCAUAAUGUUGGACAUUUCACAGGCAGUCAAGUCACAGCUUGCUAAUGAGAGCCUGGCUUUACCUGCUGAAUCUAAAACACCAGAGGUAGAAAAGAUCCCAGCCCAGACAGUGACCACGGAAACGAUCCCAGGACCUGCAGGGUCUGAUGUCCCAGAAAUAAGAGAAGCAGCUCCGACUCCCAGCGAAAGCAGCCUGGAAAUUUCCCAGCCUCUUCUGACCCCUAAGGCUGAAUUUCCACUGAGCACACUAGAUCCCAACAGUAUUCCAGAAUUUCCUCAAGUGAAAACAUCCCCCCCUCCUGAAAAACCCAAGGGAACACUUGCUUCAGACGAAAUGCCAUGGAUUACUACGACCCCCAAAAUGUCUGAGCCUCCAAAAUAUCUCCAUCCUAAAUCUGCCUUACCUGACUUGACAUAUGUCACGUCCUCUCCUCCGCCAUCUGAAAUUGCAGAAGGCACUGAGGCAGAGCCUGCAACAAGUGAAUCCAUUCUGAAAUCUGCCCCACCUAAUGCUUCUGGUGCUCUUGAAAGGCCAAGAGCAACACUAGCUUCAAAAGCAACCCCCUUUGUGCUUCACAAACUGAGAACCUCUGCCAGCCCUGAAAUACAGCAAACAACGUCUGCUCCCAGGCCAACCACAUCUAUUCCUACGACACUUAAACCAAAACGCACCCACCCCAAAGCACCGCAACGCAAACCUGCAGAAAAACCCAGAGUUUUGGAAACCACUACAUCUAAAAUUUCUCAAAGCCCUCGGCUACCAGGGACAACGCUGGCUCCCAGUACAACACAGUUUAUCUCUUCAAAACCUAAAAUCUCCCUCAGCCCCGAAGUUUCACAGCCUAACACUGCAUUAAGUUCAACCACCUCAGAAUCAGCACCUAAGCCUAAAGCUACCUCUAUUGACUUUGAAGGGCCCCACACAACAUCUGGACCCAGUGAAACAGAGUACUUUACUCCAAAACCAAAACCACUGACCACACCCAAAAUUCCUCUAACCAAAACCGUUCCUAAAGAGACACCUCCUGUUCUCCCAAAGCCAGAACCAUCCCUAAGCUCAGAAGUGCCACAGAUUACACCUGCCUUGGGACCUGAAAGAGAGGGAACAGCCACCUCGGUGACAAUAGCAUCCAAAAUGACCAAACGGCCACGACAUCCUCGUCCUCAUCUUCAGCCUCGUCCUAAACUUAAAACCACACGGAGCCCUGAAGCAACUAAGACUAAACCUGGCUUGGAACCUAUUACAUACAAAGCUGAAUCCUCAAAGGCAAAAAUAGCUCCAAAGUCAACAAAGCGACCACGUUUGCAUCCCAAACCUAAAACCACAGCAACCCCAGAAGCAUCCCAGAUCAAACCUGUGCACAAGCCAGUUCCACUUAGGACUGAGGCCCCGACAAUAACCAUAGCUCCAAAGCCAGCAAAAUCGUCGCCACAUCCCCGCCCCAAACCUACAUCAGCAUCAAGUCCAGAAGCCUUGAAGACAAAGCCUGUCUCCAAGUCUGCUAUCAUUCAGACUGAAGUGGCAGUAACCACAAUAGUCGCAGAACGGGUUACAGUUAGAACUGAACCUCCAGCAACAACAAUAGCUCUCAAAACCAUAAAGCCACGGCACAAGCGCCCCAAAACUACAAAGAUGACACCAAUCCCAGGGGUAGCACUGACCACACCUGUUCCUGCUGUUGUCUUUGAACCCAGUACACUUAGACCUGAAACUCCAGUGACAACUCUAGCUCCCAAAGCAACAAAGCGAACACAUCCUCCACGACCUAAACCUAAAACCACCCCAAGUCCAGGAGUUCCUCACGCCAAACCUGCUUUUGUAGAAGAAAAUAGUAUCCUCCCCGGGUCGACAACAUCACCAAGCCCAGAAAUGCCAAAGACAAAACAUGUAAUCCUGCAGCACAUAUCGACAGAAGUUGAACUACCAAAGGCAGAAAUAGCUCCCAAACCACUCAAACCAAAGCGGCCUUUUCCUCCCAAACGUAAAACAACUCCAAGUCCAGAUGCAUCUCUUUCCAGACCCGUUUCUGGUGUAGCCCUGGAACCUAUUUCAUUUAGCCCCGAAUCGCCCAAGACAAUGCUAGUCCUGGAACCUACUGGCUCUGUAACUGAACCAACCACUACCACAAUAGCUCCCAAAAAGACACCGCGUGUUCCACCUAAAUCCAAAACACCGCCAAGUUCAGUCACGCCACAGACCAAGCCUGCCCAGAAAGUCAUCAAAAUUGAACCAUCAAGGACCACGACAAUGGCUCCCGAAGAGAAGAGAGUUCCUUCUCAACCUAAGUCAGACCUGAGACCUGAUGUACCUCACAUUACUAAUGUUCCGAAAGAUGUCCACAUUCCAUAUAAACCAAGGCCAGAUGUUUCUCAGACCAAACCUGUCCUGGAACCUGUCACAUUUAGAAUGGAACGUCCAAAGUCAACGAUGGCUCCUGUCGGGACCCGAGUUAUUCCGCCUAGACCUCAAACUUCAAGCCAAGACAUGUUUUCAACCACUCAAGCAGAAGCCACCCAGUCCACCCGAGAGCCAGUAACUACUAAGACACCUCGCACUCUUGCUCGGACAAAGUCUACUCAAGCACCACGGAAAACACAUUUGCCCCCAGGGAGACCCAGGCUACCAGAUAAGCCACAGAUCAGACCUGGUGACAAACAACCAGGGCCUGUAGACUUUGGCAAACCUUCUAGUGCCAGCAGAAAUACUUCUUUGGACUCUUCUGACCCUGAAAAGAAACUGGCUUUGCCCCCUGGCAACCACCGCCCUCCUCUGCCGCCCGCCAGACCCACGCCACCCCGGAGAAGACCCCUACCGCCAAACAACAUGACCGGGAAGCCAGGAAGUACAGGGGUCAUUUUGCCACCACGAGUUACUUCCGCUCCUGUGAAGAUGGACAUCAAAUCCACUGGAGCAUCUGCCCCUGAGGAGAUUGAGACUCAGAAAAGACAACCAACAGCCUCUGCUUCCAACGCAGAAUUUGGCAACUCAACUGACUCCAGCUCAAGCCCUACGUCACAGACUGACUUUCAGGGAAAACAAAGGUUCACUGCUCCUCACGUACGCUACAUCCCAAAGCCCGAGGACGUGCCCUGCUCCAUCACCGAUACCCUGAGCCGCUUCCCCAAAGAGGAAGGACCAAAGGAGAAUGCCACAAGCCCCCCGCAGAACUCUCCAACCAAUCUCACGGUGUUCACAGUAGAGGGGUGCUCGUCGUUCGUCAUCCUGGACUGGGAGAAGGCGCAAAAUGACACCGUCACGGAAUAUGAAGUGAUAUCCAAGGAAAAUGGAUCACCGGCUGGGAAGGGCAAGACCAUUCAAACGACAGAUCAGACCCACUCCACGGUGGAGAAUCUCAAACCAAACACCAGCUACGAAUUCCAAGUGAAACCUAUAAACCCUCUCGGAGAAGGGCCAGCCAGCAACACAGUGGCAUUCAGUACUGAAUCAGCGGACCCAAGAGUGAGCGAGCAGAUUUCAGUGGGAAAAGAUGCCAUCUGGACUGAGAUCCCGUUUAAUUCGGACUCAUUUUCGGAGUGCAAGGGCAAGCAGUACGUCAAGAGGACUUGGUAUAAGAAGUUUGUGGGCGUCCAGCUGUGUAAUUCUCUGAGAUACAAGAUUUACCUCAGUGACUCACUCACAGGGAAAUUUUAUAACAUAGGAGAUCAGAGGGGACACGGAGAGGAUCACUGUCAGUUUGUGGACUCCUUUUUAGACGGACGUACAGGACAGCAACUGACUCCCGAUCAGUUGCCCAUCAAAGAAGGCUACUUCCGGGCAGUUCGCCAGGAACCCGUCCAGUUUGGAGAAAUUGGAGGUCAGACCCACAUCAACUACGUCCAGUGGUACGAAUGCGGCACGACGAUUCCCGGAAAAUGGUAGCUGCCGGAGCGGGGACGGCGCCUCUUGUUCGGCCGUGAAGGUGCAUGGUAUUGGGCGUCUGAGCCUAUCCGUUCGCUCUGUCUAAAAGUUUAAGAAUCUAAUUAAGGGCAAUAUUCAUAGUAUAGAUUGCUUACUAUAACAGGUUUUACAAAGUCAUUUAAAGAAAGCCAUCUUAUAGACAUUAACAGGAUAAAGCCUUGGGAAGCUGGCUCCCUGCUCGUGGCAUUUUAAGAGAUGCAGUUUGUAUAUUAUUUAUCACAGUGUUGUAAUAAGUGUUUUGAGGCACAUUUAUGGCAAAGUUAAUGUCUACGGCUACAGUAUAGGUUAAUUUUAAAUAUGAUGUUCACUUUAAUCAUUGUAUAGAAAAAUCAGGUAAUUUUGUGAAACUCCAUUCUCCUGCUACCAUUUCAAUUUAACUUAUUGGAUCAAUCUAGCUUCCAUCGGUGUAUCCGACUAAAAGUAAUUAUUCCGUAUUUACCUUAAGCCACCCUCAAUGUACUUUACGUAUAUGUUGGUUUCUAGAAAACAUGGAGAUUGAAGCUUUUCUGGAAAAGCUUACACACUUAUUCUCACCCACCUGCUAAACUAAUGUAGAGAUGCUUGUGAAAUGAAAAUUUAUCUAAGUUAAAUUUCGGCCUGUCCUGCAUACUUUGUACUUGGAAAUUCAGAGUCCAGGCUAUUUUUACUACGCAGUAAAGUGAGAAAGAGCCUCCUCUUCAGGUAUCGAUCCGACUGCGACAGUUGAGUUCCAAGCCUGGAUUCUGAGGUAUGAGCACAAAGAUGAAAUGAAAAGAUCUAUAAUGUACAGGUUGUUUACUAUAUUCAUUUUGUAUAGUUACCUGAGAAUGAAUGAAUGCAAAGGAGGAUGAGCAGAGUCUGUUUUCCUCAGUGGGGAGAAGUGAGGCCCAGAUCCCACUCUAACGUUCCUACUUCAUCCCCCAAACUCUUCCCGAGCUUUAUUACAGAGACUCCUCAAGUUUUGCCCCUUCGAUGCUAUAUUUUGUAAUGUCAAGCACUCAUGUACUCUGCAAUAAAGAGAUGUAGUUUUUUUAAACAA